AUGGUGUCUGCUCUCUCUUCCAGUGCGGGAUACAUCCGCCACCUGGCACCGCGCUGCCAGGGCACGGCCAAGUCAUCCGCGUCCGAAUUAGAACUGUCAGGGAACUUCCACUUCGCCUACCUAGCACUGAGCAACUUCGGCAAGUGCGGCACCCGAUGCCAUGGACCAGGCUCGUCCACACACGCGGCUGUAACGUCCCUCCUGGCGCAGCCGCCCACGUCCCCAACUCAAUACAGGACGUGUCCGUUAAGGCCCGAUCUUGCCCCAACGCCUCUGGCUGCGGCGAUCCUGAUUCUCGGGCGGGGACCAUUGAAAGCCGCAACCAUAUCCAUGUCACGUGUGGCAAAGCAAAGCUCCGGUACCAAGGCGUUUGAAGACGGCACCUUCAACUUCCUGUCUACUCCGGACGGGCAUUUCGGCUUGAACUGGCGGACUCGAAUUGAAGUGUCCAUGGUCGAAGAAGAGGAGGAGGAAGAGGCGUAG